AUGACGGGAGUUGUGGCUACCGUGGACAAGGGCGUGGUGCCCCUGGCUGGCACCAACGGCGAGACCACGACCCAGGGUCUCGAUGGCCUCAUGGAGCGCUGUGCCCAGUACAAGAAGGACGGCGCUGGCUUUGCCAAGUGGCGCUGCGUGCUCAAGAUCACGGCGCACAUGCCCACGCGCCUCGCCGUCAUGGAGAACACCAACAUGCUGGCGCGCUACGCCAGCAUCUGCCAGCAGAACGGCAUUGUCCCCAUCGUGGAGCCCGAGAUCCUCCCAGACGGUGACCACGACCUCAAGACGUGCCAGUACGUCACCGAGAAGGUGCUGGCAGCCGUGUACAAGGCGCUCAGUGACCACCACGUGUACCUCGAGGGGACGCUGCUGAAGCCCAACAUGGUGACAGCGGGACACGCCUGUGCCACCAAGUACAGCCCCGAGGAGAUCGCCAUGGCAACGGUCACCGCACUGAGACGGACCGUGCCACCCGCCGUGCCAGGGAUCACAUUCCUAUCGGGUGGCCAGAGUGAAGAAGAGGCCUCCAUCAACCUCAACGCCAUCAGCCGCUGUCCCCAAUGGAUCACGUUCCUCUCAGGCGGUCAGAGUGUGGAGGAGGCCUCCAUCAACCUCAACACCAUCAACCGCUGCCUGCUGCCGCGUCCCUGGGCGCUGACCUUCUCGUACGGCCGCGCCCUGCAGGCCUCGGCCCUCAAGGCCUGGGGCGGCAAGAAGGACAACACCAAGGCGGCCCAGGAGGAGUAUGUCAAGAGAGCCCUGGCCAACUCCCUGGCAUGCCAGGGUAAGUACACCCCCAGUGGCACCGCGGGGGCGGCAGCCAGCGAGUCCCUGUUUGUGUCCAACCACGCCUACUGA